AUGGCUGCCCCACGACCGUCUUCCUCUCGGACUCCAUCCUCACGACUGGAGGGGAUUCUUGCCGACACAGACCGGAUCCAAGAACUGUCCGACUCCGACGGCGAGUACGAAGACAUGGGAACAGCUACCCAGGAGGAAAUGGCCAACAUCGCUUACCUCGAAAGCGUGCGGAUACCGAUCGAGGAUGGGCUGACGACCGAAUCAUCCGCCGUAACAGAGGAGACGCUUCAAGCUGUGCUUCCGUUCUUGGAAAGCAACCCCAAUGACUUUCCACUCAACAUUUUCGGUUUGCCCCAGCUACAACGCGAGAAGCAUAUCAACUUCUUGAAACAUGCGUUGGGGGACUAUCCGCGACAGUUUGCCAUGAUGGAUGCUUCCCGGCCCUGGUUGCUCUACUGGAGUCUGCAAGGAUUGACUGCCUUGGGCUACGACAUUUCAGAAUACCGAGAGCGAGUUGCCCACACAUUUACCUUGGCUCAACACCCCGAAGGCGGCUAUGGCGGCGGUUACGGCCAACUGCCACAUCUCGCAGCAACCUAUGCUGCGGUGUUAUCGAUCGUCAUGGUCGGCGGAAGCGAAGCCUACGAGUCCAUCAACCGCAAGGCGAUGUGGCGCUAUCUUGGUCAGAUGAAGCAACCCGACGGCGGCUUUACCAUGGCACCAGGCGGCGAAGAAGACAUACGUGGGGCAUUCUGUGCACUAGUAGUCCUAUCUCUGCUCAACAUCCCCAUCAAGCUACCACCGGAUGCCCCCGCGCGCACGCACGGUCUUACCAGCUUCUUGGACAAUCUGGGCGAGUGGGUGUCGGAGUGUCAGACAUACGAGGGUGGCAUCUCGGCAACCCCCCUUAACGAGGCACACGGGGCGUACGCGUUCUGUGGUGUUGGGUGCCUGUCCAUCAUGGGUCCGCCGAAGGAGAUGCUAAACAAAUAUCUCAAUAUGUCCACGCUCAUUCAUUGGCUCUCCUCCCGGCAAUGCGCUCCCGAGGGCGGAUACAACGGGCGCACGAACAAACUUGUUGACGGCUGCUACUCACACUGGGUCGGUGGCUGCUGGUCGAUCGUCGAAGCUGCCACCGCCAGCACGAACAUCUGCAACCGCUCUGCGCUGGCACGCUACAUUCUCUCCGCGGCCCAGGCGAAGAAGGGCGGUCUAAUUGACAAGCCAGGGAAGAAACCGGACGCAUAUCACUCGUGCUACAAUUUGGCUGGCUUGAGCCAUGCGCAACAUAGAUACACCUACGAAGCGAAGGUCCAAGAAGAUCUCGGGGGAGGCGAUCUGGAUGCGCCUUAUUACUGGAAAGCACAGGGCGAUUACGACGAUGAGAAGGUUUGGGGCGACACGGAUAUCGUCAACGAAGUCCAUCCGAUUUUCGUGAUUCCGUUCAAGGCAGUGCACGACUGUCGGAGGUACUUUAUGGAAAAGGAGGGGUUCUAG